AUGUCCGCCCUCGCCCUGGCAUUGAACACCGCAAUUCAGCGCGCUAUUUUCGAAAAGAGAGUGCUGUAUGCGAUCCGCGUCACGGUUCCGCCCGUCAAGCUGGGCUGGCUGUUGCCUUAUACGGGCGGCAAUGCGCCGAUUAUCCGGUGGCGGACAGACCCUUCGAUGGACAUGGACAUGGACGCGGGGAUCCGGAGCUACCGGACGACCCGGGCCGGCGCCCCCCGUUGUAGCUGCGACCGCGACGCGGACUCGGACUCGGAGAGCGAUCUGACGCGCACACGAUCCAGAAACGAACAAAAUCGCGACGCCGAUACCGAUGCCGGCGCCGAUCAUGAUGCGCCGGCGCCGUAUCGUUAUUCUGCUCGCCAUCGCCCUCGAUGGGCACAGAGUCACAUCGACGCGUCCGGGUUCGGAGGCGCAAUAAUCACGACAACUACACGCAAAGCAAUGUCCGCGCUGCCGCGUUCGCGCCGACUGCUCCCGCUCGCCCGGUACGCGUGGACACACAAUGACGUCGUUGCUGCGAUGCGAUGCGAUGCGCAUACAAUGUCGCACCCGCGGAUCCGGACAUAUGCAUGGACACUGGCAAGGGCUUUGCGGUUCAAGGAUCUGCCCCGCGCGAUAGAUCCAGAACGUCGGAAUCGCCGUCCGAUGCGAUGCUCUCUUCAGGACGGCUUGCGAUGGGAAGGCGAACAAAGGGACAAUGCUUGGAACUUGACGAACGAUGUUGGCUCUGUCCCAGACCAGCCGCCGGCGUCUGCUAUCGAUAAUCUAUCUACGCGUAACAAAGCGAAGCCCAAACAAUGA